AUGGCGUUCCCAUACAAGCCUGUAGCGUUUCUCACGGGCGCAAAUGGCCCGAUCCACGCCCUAGCCUACUCAGCCAGCCCGGGCACCUACAUCCUAGCCGGCAGCGCCGACCGCUCCAUCAGGCUGUACAACCCCUCGCCCAGCACGGCCAUCCACCCGGCCAACUCGUACAUCACCAAACAGCAACAGCAGAAGCAGCAGCAGACGCAAGAAUCCCUCCCCGAGGGCCGCCUGAUCCAGAGCUACCAGGCGCACUCGCACGAGGUCCUCUCGCUGGCCGUGGCCUCGGACAACGCCCGCUUCGCCUCGGCCGGCGGCGACCGCACCGUCUUCCUGUGGGACGUCGCCACCGCCCAGACGGUGCGGCGCUUCGCGCACGCCACCGAGGGCCACGUGGGCCGCGUCAACUGCGUCGCGGUGGGCGGCGCCGACGACUCGCUCGUCGUGUCGGGCGGGUUCGACACCAGCGUGCGGGUGUGGGACACGCGCUCGGGCGGCGGCGGCAGCGGCGGCGGCGCGAGGCCCGUGCAGGUGCUGGACGACGCCGCGGAUGCGAUUUCUUCCGUCGUGGUCCGCGGCGCCGAGAUCGUCGCGGGGUCGGUCGACGGGCGGGUGCGGAGCUACGACGUCCGCGCGGGCAAGGUCGCGGCCGACGUGGUCGGUGCUAGCGUCACGAGCCUGUGCCUCACGCGCGACGGCAAGGCGGUGCUGGUGGGGAGCCUGGACAGCAGGAUCAGGCUUAUGGACCGGGAGAGCGGGUCGUGCCUGCGGACGUACGGCGGGGGCGUCGGGGACAAGGAAGGGGGCGGUCAGCAGGAGGGGUGGAGGAACGCGGACUUUAGGGUGCAAAGCGUGCUGGGCGGCGGGGAGAGGUUCGUCGUCGCCGGGGACGAGAUGACUGGCGGCGCGGACGGCCACGCCACGGGCGACGGCGGCAGGAUAUGGGCGUGGGAUCUCAUGACGGGGAAGCUCGCCGCGAGGAUGCCUGUCCCGUGGGGCCCGGGGGGAACGGAGCGGCUCAAGAAGGUUGUCGGCCGGGACGGGAAGCCCAAGGAGCGGAAAUACGCUGUCAGCUGCCUGGCGUGGAGGGAGUCCGGGUUCGGAGACCAGUUCUGCGCCGGUGGGACGUCAGGGGCCGUGACGGUGUUUGGCCCGGCCUGA